AUGCCUCCUCAAAAAAAAUUAAGAAAACAUUUGAAAAAGAUAUCAUCAAUAGGUGUUGCAAGUUGCAGAUUAAAAAAAAAAUAUAAUAAAGAUUUGCCUAAAUCUCAAGUUAUUGAAAUUUUGAAGUCUAUGAGCUCCAACGAACUCCAUGAAAUCAUCCAUGAAAUUAGCUCUAAUGAAUUUCAAGAAAUUUUCCAUUCAAAUGGAUCCCAAGAAAUUAUUUGUGAAAUGAAUUCUGAUGAACUACAGGAAACAAUCCAUGAAAUUAAUUUUGAUGAACCUCAAGAAACCAUCCAUAAAAUUAAUACUCUUAUUCCACAAAAUAAAAUAGAAAAAAGGAGGAAUGAGCUUAUUGAGCAUGUAAAAAACUUGCCUGAGAGCCAGAUAAUCAAUGCUUAUACUCUGUUUUCCACAAUGACAUAUGAUAAAGGGAACCAUCGUGGAGAAAUAUAUUCAUCUUAUAUUCAAAAAAAGGCAAAAGAAUUUGUAAAUAGCAGCAUUUAUAAACAAUCUUCAUCAAUGUCAUCAAUACAAGAAAAAAUUAGUGAGAUGGAAACUAAAAUACAUAAAAUAGAAAAAGAAAAAGAAAAUACUGAUCUUCAAUUAAGAUCCCUUAAAAUGAAAGAGGUGAAAGCUAAAGAAACAAAAAAGAAUCAUGUCUCUAAAUUACCACAACUUAAUAAUGAUGAAUUUGGACUUCUUUUAAGUCCUCCUUGUAAACUUGAUUUACCAAUCGAAGAGUUGAUUUCACCUGGAAACAACAAAGAAAACCUCCCAACCAAGUCUCAGAACGCUUUUAUAUUGUAUCGAAAAAAUAAUAGAAAAUCUCCUGCUAUAGCUAAAGUUGCUUGGGAUGAAGAAUCGGACAAA